UCAAUCUCAACUACUCGUCGGUUUAUCUCAGGAAUCUUCUCUUCAAUUCACAACUCCACCAUCAAUUUUUUUUUUAAGCUUUCUCUAUCUCUUUCUAUUCCAACUUGUGUCGCUUUGGAUACCUGCAACUUGCCCUUCCUCCUUUCAUACGAAAACCAAUUUGCUACUUUACAACAUCAUCAACAAGCAACUGCUACCUCAUUAUCAUCAUGUGUCUUCAGGAUGCAGACCAAGUUGAGGAAGAAUUGGACAACAGUAACAGUACCAGUAACAGUAACAAUACCCCCAUCACCAGCAGCAAUAAGACCACUUCUUGGCCUUUACAUUGGGGGCUGUUAGAUACCCAGAUGGAAAAUUUGGAGAACAACUCUUCUGUUAAUUCAUCUCCUCUGGAAAGCAUCUGUGAGGAUACAGUUACAAUGGAAAGAAAACAGAACCAGUUUACAAACUUUGUCCCUAUGUUGCGGUCAGGAGAGUCGUCUCACAUUGGUCAUCGUCUUGAUAUGGAGGACACUCACAUAUGCAUAAGUAACUUGGCUGAGAAGUUUGGUUUUAAAUUGCUCAGUGGAGAAAAAGCUGUUUCAUUCUAUGGGGUAUUUGAUGGACAUGGAGGAAAGCGUGCAGCAAAUUUUGUCCGUGACCAUUUGCCAAAAGUCAUUGCAGCAAAUUUCGUCCGUGACCAUUUGCCAAAAGUCAUUGUUGAAGAUGCCAAUUUCCCUCUAGAACUUGAGAAAGUGGUCACAAGGUCAUUCAUAGAGACUGAUGCUGCAUUUUUGAAGUCCUGCUCUCUUGAGUCUUCUGGCACCACUGCACUUGCUGCUAUGAUAUUUGGCAGGUCUUUGCUUGUGGCAAAUGCAGGAGACUGCCGGGCAGUUCUGUCUCAACGUGGAACAGCUGUAGAACUGUCUAGAGAUCACAGACCUUGCUGCCAAAAAGAAAGGAUGCGUAUUGAGUCCUUGGAUGGAUACAUUGCUUAUGGUUACUUGAAUGGUGAGCUAGGCGUGACACGUGCCUUAGGUGAUUGGCACCUUGAUGGAAUGAAGAAAAUUGGUGGAAGGGGUGGACCAUUAAGCGCGGAACCAGAACUAAAAUUAGUAACACUGACCAAGGAAGAUGAAUUUCUUAUCAUUGCUAGUGAUGGAAUAUGGGAUGUGUUUUCUAGUCAAAAUGCAGUAGAUUUUUCCAGGAGAAGGCUCCUAGAGCAUAAUGACUUGAAUUUAUGCUGCAAGGAAAUAGUAGUGGAAGCAAUGAAACGAGAAUCAACAGACAAUCUUACCGUGGUCAUGGUGAGUUUUCACUUGGAGCGACCUCCUAAUGUGGUUGUACAGAAGGCAAAAGUUCAUAGAAGCAUUUCAGCUGAGGGGCUUCAAAAAAUAUCAGAUGCCUUUUAGAAGGAUAGAAGUUUAGAGCUUGCAAUUUGGCUAUUUGGUAAGGGUAGCCAAAGGAGAGAGGACUAGUGAAUAAUAGACUAAUAUUAUACGUACAAACAAUAAACAUAAACUUGUACACAAAUGACGGCAUAUCAUUAAGUGAUUGGAGAUUUUGAAUUAAAAAUAAAACAAUACUUAAUUACAUAGUGACUUGUCAUCGUUUGUAUAUAAAUUUAUGCAAAUUAUUUGUGCAUGUAGUUUUAUUGUUCAUAAUAAUAUACCAAGCUGUUCCCUUCCUUGAGA